AAGACCAGUCAACAUCCACCUUUCUGAAGUUUUGAUCAUCAUGUUUGCCUUCAAUUUUCUUUUGAUUUUAAUAUUUUUGGAAGGGUUGAAAUUUGGCCGAUUGGUCCAAGGUACGCUCACGGAUGAUUUGAACGAUGACGAAACCCUUCCUCAAAAUCUGAAUGAUCACUUCGAACGCGUGGUCAGCCAUUUAGAAAAAAUCCCCACGAAGGUUGAUUUUGCCGCUUUGGAGGCCAGAUUUCACGAGAAAUUGAAACGUUUAGAAGCCGCUAAUGAUUCAAACUUAAACGAGACAUGCAAGUUUGUAGUAGAGCUUCAACUGGAACAGGCCGCCAUCUUGGCAGAUAUCAGAUCCACGAGUUCCAGGAUGUCUCAAAACAUUAGCGCCAUCUUGACGGAGUUUGUGUCCUUGAAAAAUAAAUAUUAG